UCCUUCCUGGUGGCCGGUAGUCGAUCAGGUUGGAGGUAAAUAUCGAUCCGGCUGCUGGUGCACGGUCCUCAGUCCUCCGGUCUCCUCGCAGCUCUGCCUGCGGACAUGAAGCAGGAGUACCGGGACCUGGUCCUGCGGUGCAGCGGCGCCUCGUCGCUCCGGAUCGGGGCCCGGAUCCAGACCCUGUGGAGCGGCUACGGCCAGAUCGUGCGGCUGCACCUGGAGGGCUGCGACCGGCCGUCGGUGGUCGUCAAACACGUGCAGUUCCCGGCGGAGGCGGAGCACCCCGGCGGCUGGAACACCGACCGGGGCCACGCCAGGAAGGUCCGGUCCUACCAGGUGGAGGCGCACUGGUACCGGAACUUCUCCACCGAGCCCGGCUGCCGCAUCCCGGCCUGCCUGGAGGCCUGUUCCCAUGGAGACGAGAUGCUGAUGGUGCUCGAGGACCUGGAUGUGGCCGGAUAUGACGUAAGAAGGACCAGUGUGAAGGAGAAGGAGAUGAAGGCCUGCCUGAGCUGGCUGGCCCACUUCCAUGCCCUCUUCCUGGGGGUUCCCCCUGAGGGUCUGUGGCCUGUCGGGACCUACUGGCACCUGGAGACCCGGCCGGACGAGCUGGAGGCCAUGGACGACGCCGAGCUCAAGGCGGCCGCCGCCGACAUCGACCGCGUCCUCAACGAGUGCCGCUUCAAAACCAUCGUCCACGGAGACGCCAAGCUGGCCAACUUCUGUUUCUCCCAGAGCGGCGCUGACGUGGCGGCCGUGGACUUCCAGUACGUGGGCGGCGGCUGCGGCAUGAAGGACGUGGUGUACUUCCUGGGAAGCUGCAUGGAGGAGAAGGAGUGUGAAAAGAAGGUGCCGGGACUUUUGGACUAUUAUUUCACGGAGCUGAGGCACUCUGUGAAGAAAGAUGUGGACUUUGAGGCCCUGGAGGAGGAGUGGAGGGAGAUGUUUGCUUUCGCUUGGACUGAUUUUCACCGUUUCCUGCUGGGCUGGAUGCCCGGACACUGGAAGAUCAACCGAUACAGUAAACGCUUAACCAAGGAGGUUCUGAGCAAGUUGAAACAGCAAUCCUGAACUUGUACAACAAACAGAAAGGGUCUUUUACAGUAAAUAAAUAAAAGUUUAC